AGUCCACUAGAAGAGAUAUUUUGACGAUGUUGACAACAGCCUGUGACACAGAAGGAUCACACCUGUCAAAAAAAGAACUGAUCGAUCAGGUGUUUGGCUUCCUGCUGGCUGGAUUUGAUACCACCAGCAUUGCCCUCACCUGGACCCUUCUGCAGCUCUCAGAGAGACCUGACCUUCAACAAAAGGUCAGAGGUGAAAUGUCAUUAGUAUUGGGUGAUGAUAUAAACAGAACAAUUACACAUGAGGAAUUGGAUGCACUCAAACUCACCACUGCUGUUAUUAAAGAAACGCAGAG